AUGGCUUUUGAUAGGAGAUUUAACACAGUUACAAGCUUGGAAGAGAAAGUUGGAGGUUUAACACCCUUAAGAAUAUCAAUGCAGGAAUUCAAUGACUGUUUGAAUACUUGUGGUUUAAUUCAUGCUCCAAAAACUGGAUUGGAGUUCUCUUGGUGCAGUAAUAGAGCUGAAAGAAAAAGGAUAGUUUGCAAUCUUGACAGAGCUGUAUUUAAUGAUAAAUGGAUUGAUCUUUAUCCAAGUUGGGGUUAUAAAGUGGGUGUCAGGGGGAUUUCAGAUCAUGGAGUUCUAUAUGGAGCUCAUGCAGAAAUUCCAAAACCAAAAAAUGCUCCAUUCAGAGCUUUAAAAGUUUGGAAGAGUCAUCCUGAUUUUCUUAAGAUCAUUAAAGAUUCUUGGCAGGAAGAAAUGGUUGGUAAUCCUGGUUUUAUCUUUAUGAGCAAAUUGAAAAGACUUAAGAAAACAAUACAACUAUGGAACUGGAAUGUAUUUGGAGAUGUGAGAAAAAAAAUGAUACAAGCAGAAGAUACAGUUAUGCAGGCUUCACUAGCAUCUGAUAAACAUCCAAUGGAUAUUGGUCUGCUAAAUAAUAUAGUGACAUCCAAAGGAGUUCAAGAAAUAUUAACUGAUCAACAAAAACAAAUUACUCAACAAAAAUCAAGAGUGAAAUGGCUAAAGGAAGGUGCAUCAAAUUCCAGAUUUUUUUAUGUGAAUCUCAAAAUGAGACAAACACAAAAUGCUACGGUAGAAUUGGAAAAUGCAAAUGGUAAUAUAGUGUCAAAUCAAGAUGAAAUUGCAGAUAUUUUGAUAUCCCACUUUGAAAAAAAAUUCAAGCAUCAUGAAGUGAGCUCUGUGCCAGAUUUUUUUCAAGAUAUUCCAAAAGUAGUGAAUGAAGAAGACAACUUCAUGCUAGAUGCAACUCCAACUGAUGAAGAAGUGAAAAAAAAAAUUUUGAUCUUGACCCAGAUAAUGCUCCAGGCCCUGAUGGAUUUGCUGGUUGGUUCUAGAUAA